AUGAAUCUGAAAGGAAAGAAGACAUAACUAUCAAAGAACAAAAAAAAAAAAACUAUGUUAGUCGGUUGACAAUAAUAUAUAAUUUUAUUCGAGAAAUAAUCAGCCUUUCAGAUAGGAAAAUAAGUAAAAUAACAACAAGAAAGAGAAAGAAACAAAAAAAUGUGCCUGUCGAUAAGUAGUACAGUGAAUGGUAUGGUGGGGGUAUGCACAACCCCAGAUGCAAAUAACACGUGUGUACAUUUCUCAUCACUCUGCAAUUAACUGAGUGGAUUUGGGCAUUAAACUCAGUGGUGUGUGUCAAGAGAUUACAUGCAUGGGUAGCACUGUCACUGCUGCCAGAUGCAAGAUCCACGCACACAAAAAUCCCUAGGGUAUGAGAUACACCACCGCUGGACCAACACCGGAGAUUAAGGCAUAUGUCUAAGAUAGCAUUAAUUUUUUUUUCUUUUCUUUUUAACCACAUACGUUUGUUGAUGUAAACAGAGCAUUAAGCCACGAGAAUUUUAUGAACAAUCUAAGCUUAGAAACACUAAGAGAAACUUUGAACAUCAAAUAUGUACCACGCUUUUGAUUCCAACACGCCCUAAAUCGCCCUGGCUCUGUAGUACAAAAGUCUUGUUUUUUUAUUCUUCCACAAAAAUCUUAAUCACAAUUUAUGGUCGUAACACUAGCUUAAUGAUAAGUAAGUUAUUUUACUAAAUUCUUUAUUAUAUGUAAAAUUAACUGAAAGAAACACGGAGUAUCUCAACAGAAACAUGGUAACAAAAGGGACGAAGUUGUGAAUAUUAUAUUGAUUAUAGAAAUGAUAGGAAACGGCCGCUUCUAUAUCUGACAAAAUAUUACGGAGUAAAAAGUAAAGGAAUUAUGUUAAUUUGAUUUUUAUUCAAUUGCAACAGGAUUUCUACAUAUAAAUUAUUUCAUAUUUACACAUAUUUAUGUGAUUUUCCGUUUUAGAUACUUUUUCACUUAUAAUUAGCAACCCUGUUUCUCCCUCUUGCGGGGAAUGAAGGAAAUACAUGAGAUAUAAAGGGGAACAACUUCGUACCGAGUACAAUGUACAUCAUUUAACGACUUCGAUGUAAUUGUUAAUCGGACACUGACUGAUUCCAUGUGACGAACGAGAAUAUCACAUGACAUUGGCAUAAAAACAUCAUUUCCAUCAGAUAACAUCAUUAAUAUUCAACACCUUUUAAAGAUUGACAGAAAAUAUUGUACAGAAGAGAUUUAAUAACUCCAGAGAAUUCCAGUGAAAUAUUUCUUCUCAACUGAGAUUGAUAGCAACAUUUCUCUUCAGUUAUCAAGAAGAAUUACAGUUGAUGAAAAUAAAGCAGUAGAAAUAUUUAUUAGGAAUAAGCUGUCGGGGAAGAACAAAAAUUGUAUCCACAUAUGUUGUGGUGAUCGGAGUAAGAUAAGGGACAAACAGAUUAUUAAAAAUAGUUGAAGAAUAUAUAUUUAUUCUGAAGAGAUGUCACAAGAGAAACCACAAUCAUAUCACUGUGACAUCUGUAAAAAGACUUUCACUCAUAAAUGUAAUCUAACGACUCACAGACGUAUUCAUACAGGAGAGAAGCCAUUUCACUGUGAAAGCUGUGGUAAAUCGUUCUCUACAAGCAGUUACUUAACUACUCACAAUCGUAUUCAUACAGGAGAGAAGCCAUUUCAUUGUAAUAUCUGUGGUAAAUUAUUCACUGCACGCAAUGAUUUAACUAAACACAGACGCAUUCAUACAGGGGAGAAGCCAUUUUUCUGUGACGUCUGUGGGAGAUCAUUCUCCAGAAAUAGCAGCUUAACAACUCACAAACGUAUUCACACAGGGAAGAAGCCAUUUCCCUGUGAUGUCUGUGGUAAAUCAUUCGCUGCAAACAAUAGGUUAACUAAACACAAGUUUAUUCACACAGGAGAGAAGCCCUUUCACUGUAAUAUCUGUGAUAAAUUAUUCUCUACAAGCAGUGAUUUAACUCAACACAUACGCAUUCAUACAGGAGAGAAACCAUUUCGCUGUAAUAUCUGUGGUAAAUUUCUCAGUACAAGCAGUUCUUUAACUGAACACAUACGUAUUCAUACAGGAGAGAAGCCAUUUCGUUGUAAUGUCUGCGGUAAAUUAUUCUCUGCAAGCAGUACUUUAACUAAACACAGACACAUUCAUACAGGAGAGAAGCCAUUUUGCUGUGAUAUCUGCGGUAAAUCAUUCUCUUACUACAGUAUCUUAACUGUACAUGAACGUAUUCACACAGGGGAGAAGCCAUUUCACUGUGAUAUCUGUGGUGAAUCAUUCUCUCUAAACAAAAGUUUAACUAGACAUAUAUCUAUUCAUAAAAAAAGUAUGACUAUGUCAUAGUCAAAACUCAUUGCAUUUCUAAACAACCAACUAUAGCGUGCAGCAGAAAGGUUGCCCCAAUUUCAAUGGUUAAUAAAAAAACGAACACAUUAAGAUGCAUGCAAAAACUUUGUAUUUCUAUGAAGUUCAUUAACCCUUUCGUUACCAACCUGGCUGAAACUGACUCUGCCUCUGAGUACAAAUGUUUUGUUUUCAUAAACUUUGAAUUAAAAUCCUCCACCAAACCUUAGUCACAAUUUAUGUUCCUAACACUAGCUGAGUAAUAACUAAAUUAUUUUUUUACUAAAUUCUUUGUUAUAUUUAAAGUAAUUGAAAGAAACACAGAGCAUCUCAACAGAAAUACAGUAACGAAAGGGUUAAAUCACAAUGGCAUUUAAUGUAACCUUGAAAUCGGGGCAGCCUUUCUGCUGCACCCUUUAUCAAACAAAUGUUUUCCAGAUAAAUCACAAGUUACUCCUGUGGUCUUCACAAUAAUCUGUGAAGCCUUCACUUGAAUCAUACUUAUGGUUCUGUUUUUGAGGUACUCUUUUCUGACUACAUUCUCUGUUUGUAGUCUCUUACAACAUGCACAGAUAUGAUUUGUUUAGAUCCAGUUUUAUUCUAGUUUAUACUGUCAAAAUUGAUUCUUAAAGGCUUUGUCUUAUGAAACCUUAAAUAAAAUUAUCUUAUAAACCAUGAAUAUAUUCACAUGUGACUAAAAAUGUAGCAUUAUAUAAGAGCAUACACCCAAGUCUCUCCAUAUACUCUUUUACUUGUUUCGGUCAUUUGACUGUAGCCAUGCUGGAGUACCGCCUUUAGUCGAGCAAAUUGACCCCAGGACUUAUUCUUUGUAAGCCUAGUACUUAUUCUAUCAGUCUCUUUUGCUGAACCGCUAAGUGACGGGGACAUAAACACACCAGCAUCGGUUGUCAAGCAAUACUAGGGGGACAAACACACACACACAUACAUAUAUACAACGGUCUUCUUUCAGUUUCCGUCUACCAAAUCCACUCACAAGGCUUUGGUCGGCCUGAGGCUAUAGUAGAAGACACUUGCCCAAGAUGCCACGCAGUGGGACUGAACCCAGAACCAUGGGGUUGGUAAGCAAGCUACUUACCACACAGCCACUCCUGGGGAGAUAGCUUAGCACUGAUGUUAUUUAUUACUAGGCUGCAUAGUAAAGGAAUUUGAUUUCCCAUCACACAGUUUGAUGUUCAAUCCCAUUGCAUAGCACAGUGAAAAGUGUCACCUUGUAUCCCUAGGGUUGAGCAAAGCCAUCUGAGUGGACACUGUCUGAAUAUCAGUUGCGUGUGUAUGUAUAUAAAAGGAGCAUUCCAUUGGCUACGACAAACGUCCCAGCUGAUCCGAUCAACAGAACAGCUUGCUUGUGAAAUUAACGUGCAAGGGGCUGAGUGCUCCACAGACACACGUACCCUUAAUGUAGUUCUGAGGGAGAUUCAGUGUGACAAGGCUGACCCUUUUGAAUUACAGGUACUACUCAUUUUUGCCAGCUGAAUGGACUGGAGCAACGUGAAAUAAAGUGUCUUGCUCAAGGACACAACGCGUCGCCGGGAAUUGAACUCACGACCUUACGAUCAUGAGUGGAAUGUAUGACAAUACCAAUAAGGGUCUGUGUGAAGAGAUGACAUGGGAAAAUAUAUGAGUCGUGGCAUCGCUACCCUGUUGUUGGACAAAGAUCAGAAGGAAAAAGUUUAAAAAUUCAAAGCUGGAUUUAAAAUGUGGGAAGUUGAACUAGACAAUGAAAAGUUACCAUGGAAUAUGGAUUCCAUGCAAUUACUAAAGGAAUACGGUUUUGACAUCUUGGAAGGCACCAAGUACAAAAAGAAAAAAAUGAAGUAACUCAGAGACAACUUCAUAUUGUCGUUCAUUGUAACAUACGCUUUUGUUUAUUUUACUUCUUUCAUUGUUUUUUUAAUUUGUUAUAUGUCCCCACAUGUCCUUGUAUUGUCCCCUCUAUGUCGGCCCCUUGUGGGCAAUAAAACAUCAACUUAUUCUUAGUGCAACUUUUGAAGAGUGCAGUUCAGUUUUAACAUUUCUUUCCGAAGCUAUAAUGGAAGUGAGAAAGGAGCAUAUUCAGCAUUAUAAGUUCAAUAAAGACAACAGCAACGGAAAGUGCAAGGAAUUUUAGUUUUUCUUCGGAAGUGUCAUUUUAUUUAGCAAUAAUUAUUUUAAUUCACCCCGCCUCCCUUUUUUUUUCCCCCCAUACAAUUUAACAUAUUUUAGAUUUGGCAUUUUUUUUUUUCAGGAACUGAAUGUUUUCUUUUUCUCUCACUUGUAUUUUUCAUCUUUAUUAAUUACUACGUUGCCAUAAUUAUCCUUAACAUUUCCAUUAUUAUUGAGAAUAUAUUUAAUUUUACCCUUAUAAACUGCAUUUUUGAGUGCUACAUUAUAUCUUUAUUAUCUCCUCCAUCAAAUUGCAAUAAGAUGUGAUCUCACAACCUCUGAAUAUAGCCUUGGGCUUUACUUUUUACCUUGUAUCCUUACCAUUGUGGACUCACUGACUCUCUGGUGAAGCUUUGCAGUUCAGUUUUUAUAUGAUAUGUCAACUUUAGCAUACUGGAUCCCCAAAAUGGAAACAGCUGUAAGAGUGGAGUUGUAUUUAUUCCUAUGAUUAUAGUAAAUAAAUCUUACUGAUGCUUGUCAAUCGAA